CCUGCUGGCUGCAGGCCUGUCAGGCUGGGCCACGUUGGCUUAAAGGGGCCUUUAUAAGGAGGAGGAGAAGGCUGGGCCGUUCCUUGGCUGGCGACACUUGUGCUGUUGCCGUCUCUGUAGUUAUGGCAGGUUUGAAUGUUUCCAUUGCUUUCCUGCUCUCCAUUGUGGCUAUUUGUGAGGCGGCCAGGCGGGUUUCCAAGAGACUUCUGCCUCUCGGCGUGUACCAUGGUCUUGUCAGAGAACUUGUCAGCUCAUUGCAGAUGUGUGCUUGCUACCUUGAGCUGAGGAUGCUGAUGGAGUUUGGUCCUUGGGGUGGCGGCUUUGGCCCAGAUGUGACCUUGACCCUCCUCUUCCUUCUCUACGUGGCUCAUGGUGUAUCUUUUGACGGCGCCUCUGCUAACCCCACUGUGUCUCUCCAAGAAUUCCUGCUCAUGGAUUCCUCCUUGGGGGCUACUGCUGUCAAGCUUCUGGCCCAGUUUGCGGGAGUGGAGGCAGCUGGGAUACUCACCGCGCACUACUGGUCCUGGGAGCUGACUGACUUCCACCUCAUCCAGAACCUCAUGGCCCAGGACUGCAGCUCCUCUCUCCACACCUCUUUGCCCCACGGCACCUUUGUGGAAGGUCUUGGCUCUUUCUUCUUCCACCUGGUGGGGCUCAAGUUCCAGCACAGCCACCCUCUGUACAGAGUGCCCGUCCUGGCCGGGACUGUGACCGCCCUGGUGUACACAGCCGGGCCGCUCACGGGAGCCUUUUUCAACCCCAGCCUGGCCUCCACGGCCACCUCCAGCUGCUCCGGGAGCCUCCUGCGCGAGUACAUCCAGGUUUACUGCUUGGGGCCCCUGGCAGGGAUGCUCGCAGCCCUGCUCCUGUACCAGGGGCACAUCCCCAGGCUCUUCCAGAGAAACCUGCUGUACAGUCAGCGGAGCAAGUUCCACACCCCGAAGGGCAAGGCCGCGUCCGGGCUCAGGCGGGAGGCAGCUGCAAGCCAAGCCCCGGAGCAGAGUGACGGGUGCUAG